CGCAGGAAACCAGUCGCCACGCCUGCUGCCUGUCUGACACAUCAAAUACGCACCGGAUCCUUGUUUCUUAAACAUCGGACAGCACCGGCAUCACCUACGUCUCAAGAGGCUUUUCACUGCACUUCACUUCUUUCUGUCGUAACAACACACAACCAUGAAAGGAAUGAUUCUCCAGCUCAGCCGCAGUCUGAGGUGUACUACUCCCCUUCUCCAUCGUGGCGUCCACUCUGGCACACGCCCCGCCUCCACCGCCGCCUCCAAACUGCGUACCGAUCGCCAGCUCACCUCUGAGGAAAUCUACACCCGCGAGGACAAGUAUGGAGCGCACAACUACCAUCCCCUGCCUGUGGCACUGGAAAGGGGGGAGGGCAUCUACGUGUGGGACGUGGAAGGUAACCGGUAUUAUGACUUCCUGAGCGCUUACAGUGCAGUAAACCAGGGCCACUGUCACCCUAAAAUCUUAGCUGCGCUCAAUGCCCAGGCCUCCAAACUCACCCUGACCUCCAGAGCAUUCUACAAUGAUGUGCUGGGAGCUUAUGAGGAGUACAUCACCAGGAUGUUUGGCUAUGACAAAGUUUUACCCAUGAAUACAGGUGUUGAAGGUGGUGAGACUGCCUGCAAGCUCGCCCGUAAGUGGGCUUACAAUGUAAAGGGUGUUCCCAAAAACAAAGCCAAAAUCAUUUUUGCAGAUGGUAACUUCUGGGGCCGCACCAUGGCAGCCAUCUCCAGCUCCACUGACCCCAGUAGUUAUGAAGGUUUUGGUCCCUUCAUGCCGGGCUUCGAGCUUAUCCCAUACAACAAUAUUCCUGCACUGGAGAAAGCCCUUCAAGACCCAAAUGUUGCAGCAUUCAUGGUGGAGCCCAUCCAGGGGGAGGCUGGUGUGGUGGUCCCUGACCAGGGUUACCUGACCAAAGUCAGAGAACUUUGCACCAAAUACAAUGUGUUGUGGAUUGCUGAUGAGGUGCAGACAGGUUUGGCAAGGACUGGCCGGCGGCUGGCUGUGGACCAUGAGAAUGCACGUCCAGAUGUGGUGAUUCUGGGCAAGGCUCUUUCUGGAGGAGUUUAUCCUGUAUCUGCAGUGCUGUGUGAUGAUGAGAUAAUGCUGACCAUUAAACCUGGUGAACAUGGGUCCACAUAUGGAGGUAACCCAGUGGCCUGUCGGGUUGCUAUCGCUGCACUGCAGGUGUUGGAGGAUGAGAAGCUGGCAGAGAAUGCUGAUAGAAUGGGGCAGCUGCUGCGAAGCGAGCUGAGAAAGCUGCCCAAAGACAUUGUGACCACAGUGAGAGGGAAAGGCCUCCUCAACGCAAUCGUCAUCAAAGAGACCAAAGGCUACGAUGCCUGGAAGGUGUGCCUGCGUCUUCGUGACAAUGGACUGCUGGCCAAACCCACCCAUGGUGACAUCAUCCGCCUGGCCCCUCCCCUCGUCAUCAACGAGGACGAGCUACACGAAUGCGUUGAUAUCAUCCAGAGAACCAUCAUGUCCUUCUAAACUACAAUUCAACAGUUCAGCAACACACAGAUUACCUUCAACUGCUAAUCCACAUCGGCUGGAGCUAUGGCCUAUUGAAACAUCACUCUAAAUAUGUAUUAGUUGUUUCUAUUUUACUUUUAUUUUUUCAAUCUUUGAAAGGGAGGGACAUUACUGUAGAAAUACAGUAUACAGAGACUGUAUGGAGAGUGCUUCUGUGAGGCUACAUUUAACAAUUUUGUACUGCUGUAAAGGAAAAGGUUCUGUUAGACUGCCUCAGGAAAGACUGCAACUACAGUAGAGGUUUAUUUUAAGUGUUUUGAAUUUGUAUUGUACGAUUAAUUGCAUAAUUCAUCUAUUUAGAUGAAUUUCCGAGUGGUUAAUUUAAGUUUUCAGUGGUAAUGAGUGAUGUAAAUAAUGAACGUACUGUCUUAAACGAAACCUUUUUUAAUUUUCAAAAAGGAUAAAUGGUUUUACCAGUGAAGGGUUCAAUCUGAGUUAACAAAGGCUUUGUUUUGUUGAUCUCAACAGAGGCAUACGCUUUUAAAUCUGACUUGACUAUUAUACAAGACGAAGGGAUAUCCAACUUGCUGAAGUGAAAUCUUGUCUACAGUACUCAAUGUAACGGUUUCUGAGUAUUGUAUAGUUUAUAGUUUAUAGUUUACAUUUUAAUAGACAGUGAAUCCCGCUAAGCUACUGAUGCCUACUAAGAUAAACCUUAUGAAUCCGGUAAAAUCCGGUCUUGUUACACAAAAAUGUUACACAACAGCUAGUCUGGAUAUAUUUCAAUCUCAAGAGCAGACUUAGCACACAGUCUUGAAUUGUAUAUGAAAUUCCAGGUCUUGAAAUUGUUUAUUUUCAA